GCAAACGAGACUCGUCGACGCACCGCGGAUCAGGCGACUAGACGAGUGGUAGGACUUGAACAUGAACUAGCGUCAAUUGCACGUUGUGCACCUCAACAAAUAAUGCAGUGACAGUAGGAAUAACUAAUAUAGGCCAGAAUUGGUCUUGGUAGAAGAUGGCGCCGUCUGGCUCGCGCAGUAUUAAACGGAGCUGUAAGAGAGUUUUACACUGGAUCCCGGUUUUAUUCAUCUCCCUAAUUGUGGCAUGGUCUUACUACGCCUAUGUUGUCCAGCUUUGUAUUGCAUCAAUCGAAAAUGUUGGUGAGAAAAUUGUUUACCUCCUGGCAUAUCAUUUCUUCUUCAUCAUGUUUGUGUGGGCAUACUGGCAAACCAUCUACACCAAGCCCAUGCAUCCUCUGAAAGAGUUUCAUCUGUCGUAUUCUGACAAAGAGCUUCUGGAGAGAGUGGACCGAGGAGAGUCUCAACAAGAGAUUUUGAGAAGGAUUGUCAAGGAUUUACCUGUCUACACGCGCACAAUGUCAGGAGCUAUUCGUUUUUGCGACCGCUGCAUUUUGGUGAAGCCAGACCGAUGUCACCACUGCUCAGUCUGUGAUAAGUGCAUCUUGAAGAUGGAUCACCACUGCCCAUGGGUGAAUAAUUGUGUCGGCUUCUCCAACUACAAGUUUUUCAUGCUGUUUCUGGCGUACUCUUUACUCUAUUGCCUUUUCAUCACUGCAACAGACCUACAGUACUUCAUCAAAUUCUGGAUGGCUGGUGGUAAAAUACAUGAUCGGCUGAACGAAUAUUUGAGUGGUUUGCCAGACACCCAAGCCAAGUUCCACAUUAUGUUCUUGUUCUUUGCUGCCUCUAUGUUCUCUGUCAGUCUGGCAGCACUGUUUGCCUAUCACUGCUGGCUGGUUUGCAAAAACAGGUCAACUCUUGAGGCUGUCCGAGCGCCUGCGUUCUGUCACGGACCUGACAAAAAUGGCUUCAGUUUGGGCAUCAGCAAGAACUUCCGCCAGGUCUUUGGUGAUGAGAAGAAGUUUUGGCCAGUACCCGUAUUUUCAAGUUUAGGAGAUGGCUGCGCCUUCCCUACUUGUCUCGUAAACAACCAGGACCCUGAACAGCCUUCUACACCUCCUAGCCAAAGCCCUCCCAACAAAAGCAGUGGUGGAGAGGCCCACCAGUUCCCUGCCAAGCCACUGAGAGAGUCUCAGAGUCGGCUGGUCCACAGUGGCGAGUCGUUUCGAGAGAGCGACGGACCUGAGGACCGAGAGCGGACUGGUACACCAAAUCCAGCUAUGACACUAGAAAAUGAAGUGUAAAUGGAAAAUGUGUGGAUUUUCCUUGUGAAAGACGAGGUCCCAGUAAGUGGACAGAACACAAGGUCCUACAACACGAGUGCCUACCUGAUGUGUUGUUGGGACAAUGGUACUGUACUGUAACCCAUGCGCUUUGAACAAGUUACUCCAGUACAAUGCACCCCACCAAGGGCUGUUUUGGUCACCAGAGCUUACGGACCACCAUGCUUCUGGCUCGAUCAAUAUUGUGUCCUUAUAUAAAUCUGAAAACCAGUUGUUUUCUGUCAGACAGUGCAGUAACACAAGUGUUCUGAAUGCCUAGGACAGAGAUAUGUUAAUGCAUGUAGUUUUUAAGUCUGCUGAAUGUUCAAGUACAAACUCUCAAAAGGGCCGGAAAGUUGGUUUGUGAAUGGAAAAUGAAUUGCCUAAAGAUGGAGUGCUUGGUGACCUUGUUCAGUUCUUUGAACCAGGAUUGGUCAUGUGGUUCAGCUAAUGCAAAAAAAAAAAAAAAAACACCAGUUGCGAUUACAAAAGCACAGUAGACCAUUGGAUUUGUUGUAAUGGUCAUGCCCUGCAUAUAAUUCAAAUGACUUCCUAGAGGUCCUAAGGCUGUCACUGUUCUCUUUAGCACCUCCUAGCUGUCAUUACGGUGCAUGUCAAUUUACUAGGGAGGUAUCAGAGGGGACAGACCAGUGCUCUUGACUUUUACAUCCUUACAAUGGGUAGGAAGGACAGGUUAAGACCAUUUUGAAUGUCUUACAAGAUAUUUAUAAACUUGUGACUUUAUGUACUGGCUGGAAUGGAAUUUUUUUUUAACAGUGACAAGUGUGAACAUGUUUAUUUAUUAAUAAGGAAGAACAGGGUUGACAUUGGUUAUUGGAAAAUUCCCCCCACAUUUUCAAUCUCUUAGUGAUGUUUUACUCUCCGAAAAUAUGCAUGAAAAGUAUUUUGAAGCAAAUCCGAAUAUUCCUAGGAGCUUAAUUAUUCCAGAUUUAACAUAACAAAAUUGGACAGUGGUUACCAAUAGAACAACAUACACCAAACACUUUGUGGCUUAAUGGCGCAAAAAGGGGAAGCCUACAUUGGUUUGCUAACUGUCAUGCAAUACCAAAAACAGAUAUACCUGGCUAUAUAACCCUGUGAAACAAUUUAAGGCUGUUAGUAUAUUCAUAACCAUUCCACAAAGGCAUCUGAAAUGAAGCUUUCAGAGCUCCUUAGGAUCAAAUUAUCUGUGUUCAAUUAAUGUAAUUAGUAACCAGGUUCCUCCACUGCAACUCCAGCAUAAGUUGGCAUAUCACUAAAUUUAAUAAGAAGUUGGUGCCAUAGGCCUACCUUAUGAAGCAUAAGAGUAUGUAUCUGACACUUGUUUUGUACAUUUCAGUAUUUUUGUAAUCAGGAUGUUUACUCUGCCAUGUCUGGUUAAAUAUAACAUGCUUGAUAAAUAAAACAAUUGAAUACAUGUGAA